AUGGUACAUCACGAAGAAACAUAUGAAUUUUACUAUGAAGGCACAUACUUGGGUUCAAUCAGAAAUCUAGCGGCUGACACUGCAUUCACACAUGGAAUAGAAUCUUUUGAAAGAGGAAAUUUUCAAGAAGCAGAAAAAUGGUUUAAUGCAGCUCAUUUGACAUGUGAGAGCGGUUCUAGUGAAGAGACUAAGUUUAAGAAUAAUAAAGAGGUCGCAAAACUUGCCUAUGAAGGACAGUUCUCUUAUACCAAUCAUGAUUAUGGACACGCGCAAAGAAAGUUUGAAGAGGCACUUAGAAAAACAGACGUCGCUGAAAUUAGGGACGUUUUAUCUAGCCAUAGUAGAGCCGCAUCACAACGCGAAGUAGAAGCAAGAGCUGCUGCCGCAGGAGUUGAAGCCCAACGGGCAGCUGCUGCUGAACUAGAAGCGACUGCGAGAGAAGAGAUGGAGUUAGAAAUCGCAUUACGAGCAUCAGAGCAAGAGGCUUCUACAUUUGAAUUGGAAACCGCAAUAGCCACAUCCGAGUUGAAAGCUGCACUAUUCGCAUCUAACCAAGAAGCUGCUGAAAGAGAAGCAGGUGAAAUAGAGGCUGUAAUAUAUACAUCUGAGUUGGAAAUCGCACUAUUCGCAUCUAGCCAAGAAGCUGCUGAAAGAGAAGCGGGUGAGAUACAGGCUGCAAUAGCUCUAUCAGAACGACAAGCUACUGAAGAAAUUAUAUCUCAGAGACAGGCUGUCGAAAGAGAUGCAUUUGCACGAGAAGCCUAUGGAAGAGCUGCGAUUGAACGAGAAGCCGUUAGAAGAGCUGCGCUUGCACGAGAAGCCGCUGCAAAAGAUGCGCAGGCACGAGUAGCUGCUGGAAGAGCUGCGCUGGCACGAGACGCCGCUAGAAGAGCUGCACUUGCCCAGGAACUAGAAAAUGCAGCGCAAAAGUUAAAUACCGAAGGACUAAAGUUAUAUAAUGCGGGACUUUUAAAAGAAAAGGCGGGUAAAAGAGAGUUGGCUCUUGAUAAAUAUGAGAAAGCAGCUGAAAAAAUUGAUGAAGCUGCUGAGAAAAAAGCUUUAUAUGUUAUUUAUAAAUCGUUUAUAAUCUUGAUAGAUGCAUUUAUGAGAACUAAGGCAUAUCAUGAAGCUGGAAAAACCAUGAAUAUGGCUCGAAAGUAUUUUCAAGAUGACAGGGCUAAAUUUACUUUUAAAGAGAUCGAAGGACAAAUAAAAAAAGAGGCAUGGUCUUCUGAUUAUCUAGACGAGUAUCUUCAUAAACUGGAACUUUCAGAAACACAAAUAGUAGAAAAUAGAGAUUGGUCUAGUUCCAAAUAA